GCAUAGAUAAAUUACUUAGUUGACAUUUCAGAUGACGUGUUAUUAAAUUAUUCGUCUGUGUUGUUUACCAAAUUUUUGGUUAUAAACCGGCGCUGGAUUUUUUACCAAAAACAUCAAUUUGUUGCUUUUAAAAUACAUUAAAAAUGAGUUUGGAAAUUGAAUCGAUGGUGCGGUACGCGUCACCAAUAAACCCGGCUGUAUUCCCUCAUCUGACGAUGCUUCUGCUCGGUAUAGGAAUAUUCUUUACCGCGUGGUUCUUUGUAUAUGAAGUCACAAGCACGAAGAUGUCGAGGGACCUAUUCAAGGAACUUCUGUUAUCACUAGUGGCCGCUUUAUUUUCUGGGUUUGGUAUUCUAUUCUUGUUGCUAUGGGUGGGUAUCUAUGUCUGAUGGUGUCUUUGCGUUUAAUUAAUGUAUCAUUCCUUGUUAAAAAUGUCUAAUUAAUUUUGUAUAUUUUAAGAAUAAUUUAAAUGAAACGUCACAUUUUAA